CGAGGUUUCAUCUGAAAUAAAAAGCCGGUAUAAUGAACUCUCUGAGUUUGAAGAGAGCGAUGUGAAGAGUCUUGUUCGCUAUAAAUUAGCUUCAUUUUUAAAAUAUUCUUGCAGUCGUAUAUAAAAAUUUUUCAAGACACCAUCAAACUCACCCGAUUAAGUUAGUGAUUUAAAAAUGAUUAAGUUUGUAGUUCUCUUCGGAUUAGUAGCUUUAGCUACUGCUUUCCCAGCACAAAUUGUAUUAGUUAUUCCUGAUGAUGCUGAAGAGCCUCACGUUAGAGUUGUAAGACAAUUUGGUGGCGGUUUCGGAGGAUCAGCAGCAAAUGCUGGUGCUUCGACACAAACUUUCAACCAACAACCUGGUUUCGGUGGGUUCGGAGGAUUCCCUGGAGGUGGAUUUGGUGGAUCAUCAUCUAACGCUGGAGCAAGCACACAAUCAUUUAAUCAAGGAGGUGGAUUUGGAGGUGGUGGUUUCGGUGGAUCGGCUGCAAAUGCUGGUGCUUCAACACAAACAUUCAAUCAAGGAGGUGGAUUCGGAGGUGGUGGAUUUGGUGGAUCAGCAGCAAAUGCUGGAGCAAGCACACAGUCAUUCAACCAAGGAGGUUUAGGUGGUGGACUUUCAGGUUCAGCAGCUAACGCUGGUGCAUCUACACAAACGUUCAACCAAGGAGGUUUUGGUGGUGGACUCUCAGGAUCAUCAGCCAAUGCUGGUGCAAGCACGCAAUCGUUCAACCAAGGAGGUGGUUUUGGUGGUGGUUACCCUGGCUUUGGAGGUGGAUUUGGAGGUUCAUCUUCUAACGCAGCUGCUGGAACACAAACAAUUUCUGCCCAAGGAUAAAUCUUCCCAUCCUUUAGUUAUUCUCAACCGUUUUGUUUCAUCAUCUUAUUUACGUUUCAAAUAAAAAGCUCGUGUGGCUUCAAUUGAAAAAAUGUAUUCUAA